CAGAUGAGCGACAGAGUCAUCUGGAGGUUGCGUGUACACAGCUGGCAAGGCGAGCGUGAAAAUGGCCAAAUCGGGGAAACUUCGAUCUGGGACUGCUUCGAAACUCAAACGAUGGAAGAAAGGACACAGCAGCGACUCCAACCCGCAGACGAAUCGACAUCGACAUGCCGCUAAAAGUCGCUUUUUCAGCCGACCCUCCGGAAAAAGUGAUCUGACAGUUGAUGCGCUCAAGCUCCACAAUGAGCUGCAGACGGGUCCGCUGGAGAUCAAAACGGCAAGCCUGAAAGAUGCAUGCAUGGAGGACGAGCCGGAUCAGGCAUUGUCGGAUAGGACGUCGGGCACCUUCCUCAGCGGCCUCUCGGACUGCUCCAACCUGACCUUCAAGAAGGUACAACGCUUCUGGGAGUCCAACUCAGCUGCUCACAAAGAGAUCUGCGCUGUGUUGGCAGCUGUUACGGAGGUGAUUCGCAGCCAGGGAGGGAAGGAGACAGAAACAGAGUAUUAUGCUGCUUUGAUGACCACUCUGGAGGUGGUGGAUUCAGCAGAAUCACAGGCUGCAGUUGCGUACCUCCUCAACCUCACCAUGAAAAGGGUUCCAGCCCCAGUGCUCAUUUCCAAAUUCUCAGACACCGCUAAGGUUCUGAUGGACGUGAUGUCCCAGCAGGCCUCGUCUGAAAGCGCAUCAUCUCUCAGAUGGACUGUGUCAUGUUUGGCCAUUCUGUUGAGGAAACAGGACACGACUGUGUGGACUUACCCGUCCACUCUUCAGGCAUACCACGGUCUGCUCAGCUUCACCGUGCACAGCAAACCCAAGGUGCGUAAAGCGGCACAGCAAGGCGUGUGUGCCAUACUACGAGGGAGCGACUUCCUGUUCACAGACAAAGCACCCGCCCAUCACCCCGCUGCCGCGUCCACGGCCAAGUUCUGCAUCAAGGAGAUGGAGCAGGCAGGAGGGAGCAGAGAAGACACCACCACGCUCCACGUGCUGGGCCUCCUGAAGGAGCUGAUGUUGACUUUCCCCCACGGGGCAAUCAAGUCGUGUUGUGAGAUGCUGUUGCGUGUCAUGACGCUCAGCCAUGUGCUGGUUACUGCCAGCGCCAUGCAGACCUUUCACAGACUCUUCAGCGGGAAGUCCAGCACCUCAAACCUGUCACCUGAACUCAAUGCACAAAUCAUCACCGCGCUGUACGACUACCAGCCCAGUGAGAGUGACCUGCAGCCUCUGCUGGCCUGGCUUGCCGUCAUGGAGAAGGCGCACGUUCACUUGGCAAGUUUGCAGAGUUCUCUGAGUCUGGGCCACCUGCCUCGCCUCUUCUCUGCUGCCAUGUCCUGCUUGUUGUCCCCUCACAUGCAGGUGGUCUCUGCAGCCGCCAGCAUGCUCAAGACGCUGUUGACUGAGUGUGUGGGUCCUCGCAUGGAGGAAAUUGGCAUGGUGUCAGCCACAGCCUCUGCAGGGAACCCGUCCUAUGUCUGCAAAAUGUUCCGUAUCGUAGAGGUAGGCUUGUCCUAUCGCUUCCAUGCCUCCUGGCCCUUUGUUUUGCAAAUACUUGGUUGCUUCUACAAGGUUGCGGGGAAACGUGCGCAUCCCGUCAUGACCAAGUCUUUGCAGUCUCUUGCCGACCUGCGUGCCACUCCUCGAUUCCCAUAUAGUGGCGAGCUGGAUCUGGCGGUUGGGGGCGCUGUGGAGAGCAUGGGCCCCGAGGUUGUGUUGGGGGUCGUGCCUCUCAACAUCACUGGUGAUGACGAUGACCUGGACUUCCCACGGAGCUGGCUUGUCCCGGUCAUCCGCGAUCAUGUGAAGAACACUCAUCUGGGCUUCUUCACUUCCUAUUUCCUCCCUCUGGCCUCUACGCUCAAGCAGAGAGCUGAAGAUUUUGAGCAAGCGGGUCAGAAACUGGAAGCCAAAGUCUAUCAGACCUUACAGCUUCAGAUUUGGACCAUGCUUCCUGGUUUUUGCAUGUGUCCCGUGGACCUGGUAACGUCUUUCAAAGGCGUCGCCCGCUCCCUCGGCACGGCCAUCAACGAGCGGCCCGACCUGAGGCUCACCGUCUGCCAGGCUCUGCGCACCAUCAUCAAUAAGAGCUGCACGAUUGAGGAGGAAAAGGACGAAAUGGGUCGUUUCUCCAAGAACUUCCUGCCCAUCCUCUUCAAUGUGUACAGCCAGCAACCUGCCGAGGGAGAGUCUGGGGCAUACAGAAUGGCCGUCUUGGACACCAUUAAAGUCUACUUGACUAUAACUGAACAGCAGAUGAUCAACGCGUUCCUGCAAAAAGCCACAGAGAGAUUGACUCGUGCAGAAAGCACAGAGUUCACACGGUUGUCGAUGAUGGACCUUGUUGUUGCCAUGGCGCCCUUCUUGGAUCAGCUAACCAUGACGAAGACUUUUGAGCUCAUCAGGCCAUAUUUGGAGAUUAAAGAACCGGGCAUGCAGAAGAAGGCAUACCGCGUACUCGAGGAGAUGUGCGCGGGCGAGCGAGACGAGUGCAGCUCGUUCGUCUUGGCCAACUUUGAGACUCUGAAGGCGGUCUUGGUGGAGACUCUGAAAAAUGCUUCGUCCCCAGCAAAAAGGCCGCGACUGAAGUGUCUGAUCCACAUCAUGAGAAGACUUGACGACGAGCACAAAGACUUCAUUGCCUCGCUGCUGCCAGAGGUGAUCGUAUGCACCAAGGAAAUGUCAGUCGGCACUCGCAAGAACGCGUACACCCUGCUGCUGGAAAUAGGAAACGUGUUUGUGCGCUUCUGUGGGAAUGCUAAAGAGGCCAUGGAGCAGUAUCUGGUGAUGGUGUACGCAGGCCUCACAGGCUCCAUCACCAUGAUCACCUGUACCGUGUUGGCCCUCACACGACUGGUGUUCGAGUAUAAAGACUCCAUUGAGGUGUCCACCAUGGAGCAGCUUCUGCACAACGUGUGUCUGCUGCUGACCUCUCGCACCAGAGAGGUGGUCAAAGCGGCGCUGAGCUUCAUCAAGGUCAUCCUUUUUGUCAUGGAGCCCAAGAGGUUGGCGUCGCACGUCACUGUCAUGAUGGAAGGCAUCGGGAAUCUCACCGAUGACGCGAGGAGACACUUCAGAACCAAACUCAAGAAUAUCUUCACCAAGUUUAUCAGGAAGUUUGGGUUUGAGCUGGUGAAGAGCAUGCUGCCUGUUGAACACCACAAGGUUCUGGCCAACAUUCGCAAGGCGGAUGCUCAUGAUAAGAGAAAGAAACAAGCGGCGGAGCAGCAGGAAUACUCUGACAGCGAAGAGGAGGCUCCUAAAGCUGCCAAUAACAGUAUUGAGGACAUCCUGGCAGGGUCAGACAGCGAUCUGUCAGACGAUGAAGGCAAGGCCGGGAGGAAGAAGAAAGGUGGGAAGCAGCAGAAGGGUCGGGCCUGGCUGAAAGAGGGAGAAGAUGACGACCCUCUCAACUUCUUGGACCCCAAAGUUUCACAAAGAGUGCUUGCCACCAACCCCGAGAAGAAAAAGAAGAGUGCCAAGGCGGCGCACGGCUUCAAAAUGACGUCAGACGGCCGGCUGAUCAUCAGGGGAGAGGACGACGAAGACGACCAGAAAGAUGAGGGCGAGAUGAAUGAUAUUCUGGAAGACGUUGGAGUGAAGAACAAAAAGGCACAAAAGAGGAAACUUCGAGAUGACAACUUUGACGAUAUGGACACAGAACCACAGCACAAAUAUAAAGCUGGUGGGUCGGGCAUCCACAGAUCUCUGGGAGGUAGCAGAGACUUUGGAGCAGACUACAAGUCCAAGAAAGGGAAAGGGGACGUUAAGAAGACGGGCAAACUGGACCCUUAUGCUUAUAUCCCUCUUAAGAAGGCCCAGCUCAAUCGAAGGAAGCGGGCCAAGCUGCAGGGCCAGUUCAAGGGCAUGGUGAGAGGAGCCCAGAAGGGGGCGCUGUCAGGUAGAAAAAUGCAGAAGAGUAAGAGGAGAGCCUGAAGAUGAAUCAGAAUCAUCUUUAUUUGGUAAUGGACUCUUUGGAGAAGAUUCAAGUGUGUGUGUGUGUGUGUGUCUGUGACAUUGUGUACAGCUUGUGUGCAUGUCUAGAGGACAUCAGUUUUUUUUUAAAACUGCCUCGAACUAAUUCUGCUCUUCACAUUGAGAUACAAAGACAAAGUAACAAGUACUUCCUUUAUCGCCCACGUGAGGGCAGUGUUGGGUUGUGGAUGAGAUCAAGAGUCAAUAAAAGAUACUUUAAACGAGA